AUGGAAGAACAACUUGCAUCUAUAAUAAGCUCCUUGAGUGAGAUCAAAUCAACGCAAAAUAAACUUAUUCAAUCCUUCAAUGAACAAAAUAAAGCGAUAAAAAAUUUUAGUACUCGUUUUGAUAAUCUCUCUUCACAAAUAAAAAAAUUAUCGGAUGACAAUGCUUCAUUAAAUGGAAAAGUUUCUCAACUUGAACUCAAAAUCAAAAAUCUCGAGCAAAAUGCUUUAUCAACCCCGAAAACAACACAUCUUGAUAUAAUUAAUGAAAUUGCUGACAGACAGUCUAGAACCAAUAAUAUAAUUUUAUUCAAUCUUCCUGAAGCAACAGACCCUUCCAAAAUCAAACCUGAUAGCGAACGAUUAAAAUUAAUCUUCAAUGAGAUGGAACUAAAUAUUGAACCUAUCAGAUUUUUUCGUCUGGGCAACCCUUCAACUCGAGCUCGCCCGUUAAAAAUCACUCUCAAUGAUACAGAAAAUGUAUUUAACGUUUUACGUGCUCAAUCUAAAAUCCGUUCUUCAGAUGAAUUUAAAGAAUUACGCUUCUCUUCGGAUCGCACUUUGAAACAACGCGAACAAAUGUCUAAAUUACGUCAAGAGCUGGAAACUCGUCGAAGUAACGGCGAAAACAAUAUUAUUAUUAAAUAUAUUAAAGGCAACCCAGUUAUUAACAAUUCAAAAAACUAA